GGAAAACCUGGAAUUUUUUUCUUCAUUUAUAUAUCCCGUCGCCUCCGGCUCGCAGGCAAGUUCCCAUCCGCUCCCCCCACCCCCGCCGCCAGACGCCGACCCUCCAGCUGCACCGAGCAGCGGCCAUGGUGAAGAAGCCCAACGGCGUUGCCAAGGCCACUGCGGCCUCUGCCGGCGCGGCGGCCGGGCCAUCCAAGGCGAAUCCGUCCACCCCUGGGUCGAUUAAGACCUCGAAGUUUAAGAAGCGGAAGGCCAAGGCCAACCGGGCCACUGCCGCCGCUGCAACUGUUGACCAAGUCGCGUCGGUGGGCGCAGCCACUGCUGGUGGCGAUGCAUCUGCUUCGGCGGUCUUACCGCAGCCAUCCCAUGUUGCUGAAGCAUCACCUCAGGCACAAAUGCCAGAGUCAGACACUAUUGCUGAGGCAUCACCUGUGACGCCUAAGCCAGCCACUGCUGAAGCAUCAGCUUCGGUUGCAAAGCCAAAGCCAAAACCCACUGAUGCUGAUGCUGAUGCUGAUGCUGAUGCUGAUGCUGAUGCUGCGGCUGCGGCUGCGGCUGCGGCUGCGGCUGCGGCUGCGGCUGAUGCUGAUGCUGCGGCUGCGGCUGCGGCUGCAGCUGAUGCUGCGGCUGCACCUGCGGCAAGCAAGGGCAAGGGCGCGGGUGCUGAUAAUAGAAGUGGUGAUGGAAGGAUGAAGAGCAGAAGAGUGAGGUCUAGGAGUGGCAAGGGGGAGGAGGUUGUGGAGGAUGGAGGAAGUAAAGGAAAACCAAAGAAAGCUGUGGGCAGGAAGGAAGAAAGGGGUGACAAUAAGGGUGCAGGGUUUAUAUUUAUGUGCAAUGCAAAGACUAAGCAGGAGUGCUACCAGAACCGUUUGUUUGGGCUACCUAGUGGGAAGAUUGGAAUGGUCAAGAAGAUCAAGCCAGGGGCAAGGCUGUUCCUGUAUGAUUUUGAUUUGAAGCUUCUGUAUGGUGUGUACAAGGCAGCAUCAAAUGGUGGGCUGAACCUUGUCCAAGAAGCAUUUAAUGGGAAGUUCCCUGCGCAGGUUAAGUUUAAGAUUGAAAAAGAUUGCCUGCCUCUCUCUGAGAGUAGUAUCAAGCAAGCUAUUAAGGAAAAUUACAGUGCAAGGAGCAAGUUUGACCCUGAGCUCACUUCAAGACAAGUCCAUAGGCUACUUGCGCUGUUUAAGCCUGUCAAGGCACCUCAGUCUGCUCCAAACAAUCACCGUGAAGAAAGGCGUCAGCGUCACUAUGAAGAACGAAGACAGCCAUAUCAUUAUGAAGAAAGGAGGCCUUCAUUGCUUAUUGAAGAAGUGCGUCAACCACGGUUUGAUGAGGAAAGGCGCCCUGCGGUUGUACAUGUUCCUCUUGAAGAUCCAUAUAGGGAACCACACUUUGCUCCACUUCCUGUUGAGUCUCAGCUUGGCCAUUCUUUGGCUGGUGGUCGGGGUGAUCACCACAGAUAUUAUCAACCACUUGCACCUGAGCCUCGACACAUUCCUCUUGCUCUAGAGCCUCGCCAUGUUCCGCUAUCCUUAGAGCGUCACCAUGUGCCUUCUGUGCCAGAGCUUCGACAUGUCCCAGCUGCAUAUUAUCACACUUUGGCUCCAUCCAGUGAUUCAUACUAUCGGUCUGUAGAGAAUCUGGCCCCUGAGCGAUAUGCUGACAGGACUGUGGCUGACAUAACUGCCAGGGAUCCAAUCAUCCCUAGGGAUCACACAAGACUGCCAGGUGAGAUAUCUGCUCGGGCAGACCGCUUGGAGGAUCUCUACCGGAUUGGGGGAAUUGCUGCCCGUGAGGAGCUGUAUCCUCCAGGAGAGAUUGAUUCUCGUGCUGACAGGUUGGGGAUCACCACUCGAGCUGAUCGUUUGGAGGACCUCUACCAUUCUGACAGGCUUGUUACCCGUGCUGUGGACCCACUGCCUCGUUCAACCUAUCAUACAGCUGCUUACGAGACUCACCCUGCUUAUGCUGAAACAAGCACAAGGCCUGUCUCUGCAAGGGUCAAUGGACCCGGUGUCCCGGUUUCAUCACUCUAUUCCUUAUCUGGUGCGCCAGCAUACCGCUGAUGAGUGAUCAGAACUCAUCGCUUUUGUUGAAAUUCUCACCUUCAGUGUUUGAAGUUAGGAUGCCUGUCGCUAUAACUGCAACUGUUGUUUACAUUAGGUUCAAUUCUAUAUUUCCUUAAACAUCCCUCUCUGGAUGAACAGCAUUCCGUAUCCAGUUUAUGUUGCAUAUCCUCUCGCCAUGCUUGAUGCUCAUUUCAUCCUCAGAUGGAAUGAUGCCCAUAUUGGUAUUAUGGGCUGUGUACCACCCCUGCUGAUUUACUAGAUUCCGGCACGGCCAUUUAUA